GUGUUCAUAGUGAUGUUUUCUUAGAUGUCCAGUUUCACUCUGAAAUCUCCUUUCUGUGCUUAAAGAGAAAAAGAAGCAUCCCCAAGCUUGUGUUUCUGUGGUAUGAUUCCAUCUUCCUGAGACCUUGGCGCACUCUGUUGCUUGAGUAAGGAUGCCUUAAGAAGAAAACUAUGGAUAAAUAUAUUAAAGUGCAAAAAAUUGGAGAAGGAUCCUUUGGGAAAGCCUUUCUUGUGAAAGAUAAAGAAAAUAGCCAGCAGUAUGUUAUUAAAGAAAUUAACAUCUCGAAGAUGUCAAAUAAAGAGAGAGAAGAAUCAAGGAGAGAAGUUGCUGUACUGGCCAACAUGAAACAUCCAAAUAUUGUCCUUUAUAGGGAGUCAUUUGAAGAAAAUGGUUGUCUGUACAUAGUGAUGGAUUACUGUGAAGGAGGAGAUCUCUUUAAAAAAAUAAAUGCCCAGAAAGGAGUCUUAUUCUCUGAGGAUCAGAUUCUGGAUUGGUUUGUACAAAUCUGUUUAGCACUGAAACAUAUACAUGACAGAAAGAUCUUACAUCGCGACAUCAAGUCGCAGAACAUAUUUUUAACCAAAGAUGGAACAAUACAGCUGGGAGAUUUUGGAAUCGCCAGAGUUCUGAACAGCACUGUGGAACUGGCUCGCACUUGCAUAGGAACACCGUACUAUCUAUCUCCUGAAAUAUGCCAGAACAGGCCUUACAACAAUAAAAGUGAUAUCUGGGCCCUUGGUUGUGUUCUCUAUGAAAUGUGCACGCUUAAGCACGCAUUUGAAGCUGGUAACAUGAAGAACUUGGUACUGAAGAUCAUCUCUGGAUCUUUUCCUCCGGUUUCUAUGCAUUAUUCCUAUGACCUACGUAAUCUACUGUCACAGUUAUUUAAAAGGAAUCCUAGGGAUAGACCAUCAGUAAACUCCAUAUUGGAGAAAAACUUCAUAGCCAAACGGGUUGAAAAAUUUCUCACACCACAGCUUAUUGCAGAAGAAUUCAGUCACAGAACGUUUCACAAGUUUGGACAGCACGCUGCGCCAGCUAAAAGACCAGCUCAAGGACAAAUCUCGGCUUCAAUUGCACCAGCUCAGAAAAUUACCAAACCUGCUGCAAAAUACGGAGUGCCUUUAGCGAUGAAGAAGUGUUAUGACGCACCCAAAAAGCAUCAUGAGAAAAAGUCAUUGAUUAAACUUAGGCAGGCCUAUCCAACUCCAAAGAAGAAAAUUAUUCCAGGAGAAGAAAGGAGGAAAAUGUUUGAGGAACCUUCAAAAAAGAAAAGGUUAGAAUUGCCUGAAAAAGAAAAACGCCAGAGAGAUCAGAUCAGUUUACUGAAGGCAGAGGAAGUAAGAAGACUGGAAAAAGAAAGGAUGGAACGAAUAAACAGAGCCAGGGAACAAGGAUGGAGGAAUGUGCUUGGUUCAGGUGGAAGUGGUGAAGUUAAGGCACCGUAUUAUGGCGGUGGAGGUGGUGUUGGUCCUUUUCCUGCCUCUUUGAGAGGACAGUAUGAGCACUAUCACGCUAUUUUUGACCAGUUGCAAAAGGAAACCUUCAAAGUAACUAAAGAGAGGCAAGCCAAAUGGAGGGCGGAAGUACAAGGCCAAGAAGCUGCUGAGAGAGGAAUUCCACCUGGAGUACGUCCAGGAGUUCCUAAGGGGCCUGCAGGUCAUCACCAUUUACCUGAUGCUGAUGCAAUUAGGAAAAAAGUGAAAAGGUUGAAGGAGGUGUCUAAACAAGCCAGUGCAAACAGGCAGAAAGGAUGGUUACCUGCAGAAAGAGCAAAGCAAGUUGAAGAAUUCUGGCAACGAAAGAGGGAAGCCAUGCAAAACAAAGCUCGUGCUGAGGGACACAUGGGUACACUGCAAAACGUGGCAGAUAUCUAUGGAGGCAGGCCCAUGUCUGCAAGAGGAAGGAAAUCCAGAAACAAGGAAGAAGAGGAGUAUUUGGCAAGGUUAAGACAGAUACGACUGCAGAACUUCAAUGAACGUCAACAGAUUAAAGCGAAACUUCGUGGAGAGAAGAACGAAGCUCCCAGUUCUGAUGGACAGGAGUCAAGUGAGGAAGCAGAAAUGAAACGCAAAAAGAUAGAAGCACAGAAGGCCCAAGCAAAUGCUCGAGCUGCAGUUCUGAAAGAACAGUUAGAGCGAAAGAGGAAGGAAGCAUACGAAAGAGAGAAGAGAGCUUGGGAAGAACAUCUGAUAGCUAAAGGAGUAAAGAAUCCUAACGUGCCUUGUCAUGUGGGAGCAGCAGGACACAGUCCUGUGCACGGAAUACAAGAGCCUGGAGUAUCUCUUCCUAAGCAACAGCUUCCAGUUAAGCCCAUCUCCAUGACUUCUGCUUUGAAAGAAGUGGGAGUGGAUGGAGAUGUAACCGCUGCCCAGGAGGUUAAAGAGGAAGUCAAGAAGCCAGAUCUUGCAGUGCAGAACAAGCGGCAAAUACUGAAAAGGUUAAAUCAAAAUCUUAAAGCUCAGGAAGACGAGAAAGGAAGAAAGGAUGAUAGAAACAUCUCUGAGUCGGAUGGGUCUGAAGAUGGUAAAGAAGAGCAGGAAGAUAACUGUCCACUUCUAGGAGAUCGCAAAAGAUGGGCGUCAAGAGCAUCAGAUUUGGUAGUUCCUUUAGCUCAGUUAACAAUGGAAGAGUCUCUCACUGGGACAGACCGGCAAACUAUGGGGGAAGUAAUUAGGCUGGAUAUUGGUGAACCUCGCAGGAAAGUCUGGGGCAAAAGCCCUACUGAUUCGGUCCUGAAGAUUCUAGGAGAAGCAGAGCUGCAGCUACCAACUGAAGUACUGGAAGAAAUAGAUGUAAUAAAUGAGCCUGAUGAUUUGGAAGCAGAGGUGUUGAAAGAAACUGAAGAAAAUAAAAAGGACCAGAGCAAGGAAUUUCCCAUCUCUGUUAAUGAAGUGUGGGUGAAAGAAAAAGAGGAUAAUGCACAACAUGACAGAAGAGAUGAAGCAGCUUUGGAGAAAGCAGUGCUUGAUGAAGUGCAAUCACAAAAUGAAGCUCCAGGAGAAACUUGUGCCAGUGACUCUCUGCAACCUGAACCGUUAUUCCAGAGGGUGAUACAGCCCCCAGCUGUACCUACAGCCUCACCAGUUCUGUCAUCUCAGUCUUCCCAGGAAGAGCCUUUUGUGCCUCGUUCUCGUUCCAGAUCGCCAGCAAAAAAUAAAGGGAAAAGUUCCUUGUUUUUUGGACUUUCUACAGGGUUGUUUGAUGCAAACAACCCGAAGAUGUUGAGGACGUGUUCGCUCCCGGAUCUUUACAAACUGUACAGAACCUUAGUUGAUGUUCCCAGCAUAGCAGAUGUGCAGCAUCAACACAGUCUUGAAAUAGAUGAUACAGAAGAUGAGCAGGCCAAAGAAGGACCCUCUGAUUCGGAGGAUAUCAUGUUUGGGGAGGCCGAUACAGAUUUGCAGGAACUGCGGGCCUCAAUGGAGCAAUUGCUUAGGGAGCAGCCUGAGGAAUUAAGUGAAGAAGAGGAAUCUACUUUAAAGGCUAACGUCAUCAAAUGCAUGACAAAUGGUACAGAGCUGGAUGAAGCAGAUGAAAAUAACCCCAGCAGUGAAAGUGCUCUUAAUGAAGAAUGGCAGUCAGAUAAUAGCGAUGGAGAUAUUGCCAGUGAAUGUGAAGAGUGUGAUAGUGUCUUCAGCCAUCUGGAAGAGCUGAGAUACAACCUGGAGCAGGAAAUAGGCUUUGAGAAAUUAAUUGAAGUUUAUAAUAAAAUAAAGGCUAUACAUGAAGAUGAAGAUGAAAAUAUCGAUAUUUGCUCAAGCAUAGUUCAGACUAUUCUGGGAAAUGAACACAAACACUUGUAUGCCAAAGUACUUCACCUAGUCAUGGCAGAUGGAGCCUACCAGGAAGAUAAUGACGAAUAAAGCUGACUCAGGAAACUCCUUAGUGCUGCACGACUCAUCAGUGUUCAAAGUCUGCUCUGCAGAGUAACAGAUUGUAAUGAAAGUGUAACAUGGGGCAGGAGAAAGAAGAGCUGGAAAAAAGAGUGCUGACAGUAUGAAGCAGAGAGGAAAAAGAUGCCUUUUACAUUCAGAUAUGUAUACAAUUCUCUUGUGUGUUUUGCAUAUGUGGUCAUUAAAUAUUAGAUGCCUAAAUUUGAAAAAACAAGCUAUAAUAUCUCUCUUUCUCUUUCUCUGAAAAAAAGGAGUAAAUGUAGCUGUUCUGAUACAAAACCAAUGCCUACAAGGUAAACCUGAGUUCUUGUCAUAGCAGCAGCUGGCUGAUAGGGUUAUGGAGCUGGAAGGAUUACAGUGUUGUGAAAGCAGCCAUCUCUAGCUGUUCAUUUGCAUACUUAAAGUAGUCGUUCUGUACACCUACGUAAAGAAACUGUUCGUUUUUAUUUGACCCCUGUGUUUGUAUUUUAAUAGCAUCCUAAUCUGGUGGUCCAGUUUCACUAUUUCACUUUUUUCUUAAUAAAAUGUAUUUUGAAGCUAA